GCACUCUUUUCACUCCUCCUUUCCAUGGCAAUGGAAACAGCAACGCUCGGGUGAUUUCCGGGCCUACGAAAAAUGAGUCUGGGGUGAUCCUCCAGACGGGGCGUCACCAAACAACAGCCGAGCAGCCACGUGCCGGCAGUCCUCCUCCCGGGAUUGUAGAGGAGGGUCCAAGGGCGGCUCUGUGGGCGGGGAAGCGCCGGGCGGUGGCUGUUCGGUCGGCUGCCCGCCCGGACGGUAUCUUCUUGCUGUGCGUCCCGGCUCCAGGCAGGCAGCAGCAGGAGGUGGUGGCGGCGGCGCAAUAGAAGCGACGGCUGCUAUCCGAGGAAUGCGCUGAAGAUGGCGGCUGGCCGGAGAGCGCCCAAGAGCGGCUUGCUGGAGCUGCGAGCGCCGGGCGAGCAGUGGCUGCGAGUCCUGGUUACUCUUUCCGAGGAUUUCUUGAACGUCAGCCCGAGCAGUAAGGGCGGCGAGGAACCACAGCAGCCGCCGCCCAGCCCGGUGCAGCUGAAUGGCGGCGAGCCGUCCGCCCCUGUCCCGGACUCGCUCACCAACAUCAAGCGCACGGUGCGGAUCGUGAAGCAGGACGUGGGGGGGCUCGGCAUCAGUAUCAAAGGUGGUCGAGAGAAUAAAAUGCCCAUCCUGAUCUCCAAAAUAUUUAAAGGGUUGGCUGCAGAUCAGACUGAGGCACUGUUUGUAGGAGAUGCCAUCCUUUCUGUGAACGGUGCUGACCUCUCUGAUGCCACACAUGAUGAGGCAGUGCAAGCCCUAAAGAAGACUGGCAAGGAAGUAGUAUUGGAAGUAAAAUACAUGAAGGAGAUUUCUCCCUAUUUUAAAAAUUCCUCAUCUGGUGCAACUGUAAGUUGGGACUCUUCCCCAGCCUUUCAGAAGCAAAGUUCGCCUAUCCUCUCGCUACGAGACCUUAAGGAAGGGAAGAGCAUCCCCUUAAAAAUGUGCUACGUAUCAAGGAAGUGUCUCCCCAAUGAUCCAGAAAACAGGUAUCUGGAAGUGUGCUCAGCAGAUGGACGGAUUCCCUUGUUUCUUCGAGCAAAAGAUGAAGUGUCUGCCCAAGCGUGGUUCAAUGCCAUUCAUAGCAACAUCAGCACCCUGUUGCCAAGAGUCAAAGAGGAGCUGAGGGCCUCACAGUCUGGAGUUGGUAUUGCAGGAAGCAGAGACAUCAAGCACAUUGGCUGGCUCACUGAGCAGCUCCCCGGUGACGGGACAAAGAACAUCCUUGCCAUCCUCACAGAGAAGGAGCUUCUCUUCUAUAGCAGCCUUCCUCAAAGCAGAGAUGCCCUGAAUAAGCCAACACACAGCUUCCCUCUUAUAGCCACCAGGCUUGUGCACUCUGGCCCAUCCAAGGGUUCUCUUCUCUAUGACUCAGAGCUCUCAUUUGCUUUGCGGACUGGAACCAAGAAGGGUGUGGAGACGCACCUGUUUAGUGUGGAGACACACCGGGACCUGGCGGCGUGGACAAGGAUGCUGGUGGAUGGUUGCCACAAUGCAGCUGAGUGUGUCCAGGAAGUCUCGACAGCAUGCACAUGGAAUGGAAGAGACUGCACCUUGUCCAUCCACAUCGAGAAGGGCUUCACCAUCUCCACGCUGGAGCCAGGCCUCACCAAAGUCAUCCUGCUGCAGCAACCUUUUGAGAGGCUGCAGAUGUCCUCAGACGACGGGGCCAAGAUGCUUUACUUGGACUUUGGCAGCUCAGAAGGAGAGAUUCAACUAGAUCUUCAUUCCUGCCCCAAAACCAUUGUCUUCAUCAUCCACUCAUUCCUCUCUGCCAAAGUGACUCGGCUGGGAUUGCUGGCAUAGGAACACGGGGCAGAAUCUGGAGAGAGACAAGACUUCAUGUGAUCUAUGCACUAUGGCUAUGCUUUCAUGGCCAGAGCACAUUUUAAAAACGCCAAUACAGACUGGAUCAAGGGCAACUGGUGUAAUGCAUCCACAACCAAAGGAAGCCAUUAAACUUCCAGGACAAUUGAUUGAAACUCACGGACAGGCAAACUGCCUCAGUAUGCAAGCCCCAGAAUGGACAGCCCAUGCAAUAAACUGUUCUUAUAAAGUUGCCCAUCAGCACAUGAUAUCCCUAAAAUAUAGCACAAGCUUGGAAAACAUGACUGCUGAAAAUGUCAUACCAACCCAGUUCUGUUGUCACAUUAGUGCCUUCAAGAUGAUAUUUUAUAUAUAUAUAUAUAUAUAUUAAAAAUUGUUUGUAUCAAGGUUUUAUAUUUAUAUAGCUCAGUUUAUGAACCUUACAGGGGUGCUUACAGUGGUUUUUGCUCUGCAAUUUCAAAGCCAUUUUGCACACAGAGACUGCAACACUGUGCACACCUACCUGGGACUAAGACCUAUUUAAUCCAAUGGGGCUUACUGCUAAGUAAACAUGCUUAGGGUUGAGUUGAAAAUGUGGUAGAUUAAGCUAGAUCUCUUCAUUAACCAUAAUGCAUAAAAUAUGGAAAAGCUCCUAAACCAUUUCUUUUACACAGGGCAGACAUAAGCUGAAAAGUGGCUACGUGGAUUUGCUCAUUUAUCCAAACGUUUGAGAUAGUUACAGAAGCCAUAAAAAGAAGGUGCUUGAUUUGAAAAGGUCAGGAAAAUGAUUUUAAUUUUUAUUUGUUUGCUAACUCUUGGCCCUUCAGUUUUUUGUUUGUAAGAUAAUAUGUUUUAAACUGGAGGUGCUCUUGAGUAAGGGAAACAAUUCGUUUUAUGGGCUAAAAUUCAUGCAUGGGGUUAUCUUUAUUAUUUUGUUUUCCUUUUUUGCGAGAAUAAAUACAGAUUACUAAAGAUGACUGAAGCAUAGCUUGUUUUCCUGUUUGAAUUGAAAACAACAUUUGGAGUUGCCCACUAAGCGUGAAAUUUACCAAUUUUUGACACAACAGUGGCUUUCUCAUCUCAAUUUAAUUUUAAUUGGAGCAGCUUUCUGGUUGCCUCCCGUAUAUAUGACUGUUAUCAACUGCUCAGAGUCCUGUUGUUCAGGAAUGUUUAACUCUGAUAAAAUUGCCUACGUGACUUUCA